GUGAGUUCGUUCGAGUUACCGCGCACCAAUCUUCUCUUCCUCGAAUCCGAUUCCGCCGCAAAAUUCGCGUUGACGACCAACGCAAACUACAGCCACAGCAGCUUCAGCACGGAGGCGUCGGCGAUGCACGGACUGACGUCCACGUUUGGGGAUGAGUUGAAGUUCGAG